GUUUAAGCCUCCCGAAGCGAAGUCGGCGUGCCUCCUCCUCCCCCAACCCCCCUGCUUCCUUGGCGGCGGCGCCACAUUGCCAUUCCCCAUGUCCCCUCCUGCUCCCUCCCCCGCGCCCUCCAAUUGAUGCUCUCGGCCCCAACUCCGACCGCCGCCGCCGUCUUCCCCUCGCCUCUGCCUCGCUCUCUUCUCCUCCUCGUGCUCCAAACCCUAGCCACCACCGGCGCGCCCCUCAUGUGGCGUCGCCUCCCCGCCCGCCGCCUCGCCUCCGCCCUUUCCUCUUCCUCCCUCCCGCGUGCUGCCGCCCCGCACCCUCGCACUCUUCUCGACCGCCAGCUUCUCCCCGCGGCCUCUGGUCUCCUCCCGCCCGCGCGCCUCCCCCCGUGGCAGCAGCACCAGGCUCCGCGGUUCGCGUCCUCCUCCGCCGCCGCCGCUGAGGCGGUGUCCUCUGAGGAGGCCGAGGAGCUGCAUCACGCGCUCGAGGAGAUCGUUCGCGCGGAGCCGAAGCAGCAGCCGCCUCCGUCGCCAGCGGGAACGGCGGGGGAGGCGGGGAGGGGCCGGAGGCGGAGGAGUGGGCGGGGCCGGCAGGCGGCAGUGACGGCGGCGGAGCACGGGAUGACGUUCCACAAGUACACGGCGCUGCGGCGGCGGCAGAUCCGGGUCGAGACGGAGGCCUGGGAGCAAGCAGCAAAAGAGUACCGCGAGCUGCUCGCGGACAUGUGCGAGCAGAGGCUGGCGCCUAAUCUGCCCUACGUCAAGUCGCUCUUCCUUGGCUGGUUCGAGCCGCUGCGCGACCAGAUCAUCGCAGAGCAGGAGCUCGUGGCGGAGCGCGGGUCGCGCGCCUCCCAUGCUCCCUUCUUCAACAUGCUUCCAGCCGACAUGAUGGCCGUUAUCACCAUGCACAAACUCAUGGGCCUUCUCAUGACGGGCAGCGGAGAAGGGAGCGUUCGAGUCAUACAGGCUGCGUGCCAGAUUGGCGAGGCUAUCGAGCAUGAGGUUCGAAUCCAUAAAUUUCUAGAGAAGACAAAGAAAAAGAGCAACAAAGAAAUGGACAAUGAAGAAAAAAUUGGUGACUCGGACAUUGCCAAAGAACAACAGCGUCUAAGAAAGAAAGUUACUGAUCUGAUGAAAAAGCAAAAGUUACGGCAAGUAAGGAACAUAGUGAAGAAUCAAGAUAACACCAGGCCAUGGGGUCAAGAUGCUCAAGCAAAAGUUGGUAGUCGUUUGAUUGAGCUAUUUAUUGAAACAGCCCAUAUACAACCACCUGCUAGCCAGUCAUCAGAUGGUCCACCUGACAUCCGUCCUGCUUUCAGACAUGAAAUGAGAACUGUGCCAAAAGAACAACAGAAGAAUAGUCGCCGCUAUGGUGUGAUCAAGUGUGAUCCACUGGUGCGGCAAGGCCUGGAUCGAACAGCAAAGCACAUGGUCAUCCCAUACAUGCCUAUGUUGAUUCCCCCGAUAUGUUGGACUGGAUAUGACAAGGGAGCACACUUGUUUUUGCCAUCCUAUGUGAUGCGCACCCAUGGGGCUAGGCAACAGAGGGAGGCUGUAAAAAGGGCUCCAAGGGAACAAAUGCAAUCAGUUUUUGAGGCCUUAAAUACUCUUGGGAGCACAAAGUGGAGGGUCAACAAGAGAGUUCUUAGUAUUGUUGACAGAAUAUGGUCAAGUGGUGGCAGGCUUGGUGACUUGGUUGAUCGAGCUGAUGUUUCCCUACCAGAGAAGCCUGAUACUGAAGAUGAAGCUGCACUGAAGAAGUGGAGGUGGCAUUUGAGAUCAGUCAAGAAGGAAAACAGUGAAAAGCAUUCUCAGAGAUGUGAUGUUGAACUGAAACUUGCGGUCGCUCGGAAAAUGAAGGAUGAAGAAGGGUUUUACUAUCCACACAACCUUGAUUUUAGAGGUCGUGCUUAUCCAAUGCAUCCUUACCUGAACCACUUGGGUUCAGAUCUUUGUCGUGGGGUUUUGGAGUUUGCUGAAGGUCGGCCACUUGGCGAGUCAGGCUUGCGCUGGCUGAAGAUACACCUAGCAAAUUUAUAUGCUGGUGGUGUUGACAAGUUAUCAUAUGAUGGCCGACUUGCAUUUACUGAGAGUCACUUGGAGGAAAUAUUUGACUCAGCUGAUAGGCCUCUAGAAGGCAAACGAUGGUGGCUCGAGGCUGAGGAUCCAUUCCAGUGUCUGGCAGUAUGCAUGAAUCUUACUGAAGCUUUAAAAAGCUCCUCACCAGAAACAACUAUCUCACAUAUUCCUGUGCAUCAGGAUGGUUCUUGUAAUGGCCUGCAACACUAUGCAGCUCUCGGGAGGGAUAGGUUGGGAGCCAUCGCUGUCAACUUAGUCGCUGGAGAGAAGCCUGCAGAUGUUUACACCGGAAUAGCUACCAGGGUGGUGGAAAUUAUGAGGGAAGAUGCACAAAAAGAUCCUUCGACAGAUCCUGAUGCAGCACGUGCUCGUCUGAUAUUUGAUCAGGUGGAUAGAAAACUGGUAAAGCAAACUGUGAUGACAUCUGUCUAUGGUGUCACUUAUGUUGGAGCACGUGAACAAAUAAAAAGAAGACUGAAAGAGAGGGGGGUCAUUGGUGAUGACUCGGAACUUUUUGGUGCAUCUUGCUAUGCUGCUAAGGUUACACUGACAGCACUUGGUGAGAUGUUCCAAGCUGCACGUAGUAUCAUGAACUGGCUUGGUGACUGUGCCAAGGUAAUUGCUACUGAGAACGAACCAGUGAAAUGGACGACUCCGCUUGGGCUUCCAGUUGUUCAACCAUACCGCAAACUAGGGAGACAUCUUAUUAAAACGUCAUUACAAGUCCUGACCCUUCAAAGGGAGACUGAUAAGGUUAUGGUGAAGCGGCAGAGGACAGCUUUCCCUCCAAAUUUUGUGCACUCCCUUGAUGGCUCUCAUAUGAUGAUGACUGCUGUUGCAUGCAAAAGGCAAGGCCUUAACUUUGCAGGAGUUCAUGAUUCAUAUUGGACCCAUGCUUGUGAUGUUGAUACAAUGAACAAAACACUUCGGGACAAGUUUGUGGAACUAUACGAUGCACCUAUUUUAGAAAAUUUGUUGGAGAGCUUUGAGAAAUCUUUCCCCGAUGCAAAGUUUCCACCAUUGCCAGAGAGGGGAGAUUUUAAUCUGAAGGAUGUCCUUGAGUCUCCAUAUUUCUUCAACUAGUUCAAUUAUGGCGACAUUUCAUUGUCCUACACUCUGCACCCAUUCUGAGUUUCAAGUACAUAGCCACCAACUCAGAUGAUGAAGCUAAUUCUUUUGCUGGCUGAUAAACCAACUUCAAGACAGCGUACACAAGCAUAUCCCAAGGAGCGGAUUUGCAGAGGUGUACAAAAGAUGCUCUUUCUCUGCUUUCAACUUUGAGCAGUCUAUAAGCUAAGGGAAUUGGCGAAAACAGAGUAUGCUUGGGCGGGGGUUUGCGGAUUUGUGCAAACAACAAAGCCAAACAAAUGGAAACCAUGAUCAAGAAAGAAGCCCAUUGAAGAGGGUUUUUGAUGUGUUUUGGCUGCAGUGUAGUUUUUUUCUGUGCAUUCUUUUUUUAUCUCAAGGCUCACGCGUAGCACGGUCACAUUUCUAAAGAUAUCCAGUCCAGAUCCUUGUAAAUGUAAUUAUAUUAUUCUUGGGCCUCUUCACUGAUAUUUUCAUUUUCCAUGUGCUUGGUUUA